AUGUCCUUCGAGGCGAUAAGAGUGGUACUGAAAGAGCACGGUGUUAGUCCUUUGGCCGCUGACUUCAUGGGCACGGUAAGAUUUUUGAUUUUUUUUGGUUUUCCAGGAUGUGGGUGACAUGUUAUACGAAGGACCGUGUUUUCUGUUUUGUAAAGAAAGUUCUUGCCAUUUUUGACUUGUAAAGAAAGUUCUUGUCAUUUAGGUAUACGAAGUGAGUAAAUCAGCCGAGGUCAAGGAAGACCCACAAUACUUUGUGCCAUUUGUCGUUGGAUCCUUCAUGUUAUUGGAAGCUUCAGAAACGGAAUUGGUAGCCAAAGAUGAUCCAGACCUUAUCAAGAAGCUACAAGGAGUGGCUAACAAAGAUGAGCAAGUCACUGAACUGUUAACUACCUUAGUGGCUUAG